AUGGAGGACGUCUCUGAUGGAGAGACAGACCGUGGAGAAGAUCUAGAAUACCGACAGAGACUUAAAGCCGCAGUGCAUUACACGGUAGGCAAAAUAUGCGAGGAGGUCACCCUAUCGGGGUUCGCUGCGUCGGGCACAAAGUUCAGUCGCCAGUACAUCGCCAUGCUGUCGGAGACGACAUUCAAGCAGUGCGAGACUUUGGCAACCGAUCUUGAGAGCUUUGCGAAGCACGCUAGAAGGAGCACGGUGAAUUCUGAAGACGUGAAACUGAGCGCCAGAAGAAACGAGUCGCUGAGGCAACACAUCGAGUCGAUGGCCGACGAACGGGCGAGGGCACAUGAAAGCGAGAGAGCCGCCAGGAGAGGAAAAAAGCAGCAGAAGAAGACAGACAGCGAAGAGAGAUGAAAAUUCUGAUUUUUUUGUUUCUUCUGCGAACAAUGGUAGAUAGGAUGUCUUGUACAUGUAAUAUAUAAGGAUGGCUUUGGAA